ACACACAAGCAUUUAAUAAUCUCACACAUAGGAUCACUAAAUUCAGUCUUCUGUGUCUGAGGAUUAUUGUUUUUACUGACAUUCUGAAUAUGUUUCUCUCCAGCACCACCAUAAGGAUGUAUUCUCUUACCGUCAUACUUGUUUUUUCUGGUAUAUGUUUUAUCCCUCCUCUCGUUACAGGUGAUGUAUGGGACAGUGUGAUCAUGGUACGUGAGGGUGCAUCCAUCUCCCUAUCCUGCUUCAAUUCACUGCCUGCAUCUUCUGUAUUGUUAACUUGGAAAGUGAAGUCAGUGGGAGGGAAACGCUGGUCAAAUCUGAUUUCAAAAGUCAGCCCUGACUUGAGACGCGUACACAUGAGCGUGAAGUUUGAAGGCAGAACUUUUGAGAUCACUUCAAAUGUCUCGCUCACCUUCAAAGCUGCAACACCUGAACUGUACAACUGUUUGAUUGAGCGUGGGGACGGAGAGCAACAGCAGAAGACUGUUCUGCUCACCCUGGUUAAAGUAACAGUCACACCUACACCCCCCGUCAUGUUGGACAGAACUUUAAGAUUGACAGCUCAGGUGUCUCCCCCCUCUGUGGACAUUCGGGGAACGUGGGUGUCUCCCUCGGGCAAAGAGCUAUACACUGAGAUCACCCGCGCCACGGGAAGUCUGCUCAGCAAGCUGCCUAUCAUCACAAGUAUAGACAGUGGAGUCUAUACCUGCAGAAUCAGUGUCCAUGGUAACAGUGGCACAUAUGUCUCAGAGCACAGUGUCAAUGUGACAGUGAACGAGAAGGUGUUUGCUUUUAAAGAUAUGACACGAGAAACCCUAAGGUCUUUGGCAGCCCUCUCUCAUUCAUCGGUUACUCUAUCCUGCCCUCCUGUCUUGGGUGACUAUGUGAUGCUUUACUGGGAGCAUCAUGAACCAAAACUAAUAUUUAAGUUUGACCGCUGGAGGCGGAGCUACACUAACGAGUCCAUGCCCCACCUCCAUUUGAUAGACCCCACCUCGCUGGCUGCUGCUGGGAACUUCACCUUUCUGUUAAGCCCAGCCCUAAACGAUGGAGGAUUGUAUACAUGUGAGGUCUUUCUGGAUGACAAGGUUUACAGCCAAGGCAGCAAAUUGAGUGUUUUACAUGGUUGCACCAAAUCAUCAAGCUCUUCCCUGGAACUGACCUGUGAGUACUCGGAGCGAUCUCAGGUCGACGUGGUAAAGUGGUCUCAUGUACAGAACCCCAGUCGCCGUCUGGAAAUAAAUGCUGUAUUGGGCCGCAUCACGACCUCCGUACCUUAUCCCGUGACCCCUGAGACCGCUGGAGAGUAUGCUUGCACUCUUACUCUGAAUAAUGGAAACUCAGUCAAAUACAUCUAUAAUGUUCAGAUGUCCAGUACAGCCAGUGUUAGCCCAUGUUGUAGUCGUGACUAUGCAAGUACAACAGUUUAUCCCGGCUCUGCACUGCCACCUGCAGCAGACAGUGUUUCAACAUCAACCCAUGUUACCAUCCUCUCAUCGCUCCUCUUUCUAAUCCCCAUGAUUGCCGUAGCUGUUGGGGUGUUGCUAUGGAGACAGGGUUGUUGCAUCACCAGUCGAAAUGUUGAGCAAUCACUGUCUUGUCACUCUGGAGAGGUGGAAAACACCUAUGAAAAUCCUGAUGAUUUGAGACAGACAUCUCCCCAAGGCGCAGUCUACAUGGCUCUAAAGCCAACGGGUGAAAUGGAUGUAUAUAAAGAAUUAGAAAGAUCUAACCAGUGCUGUUCCUGAGCUAUUUCAAAACAUUCAAUGGACAAAACAGCUGUGUAUUAAAUAAAACAACAAAUAAAAUGUGUGAGAUGUUAUUUGUUACUUAGGACUGUGGAAUUACUUAACACAAAUUAUGCACUUUAUACCUCUGGUUAUAAAGUGCAACAGAGAUGCUUACUUGUAGGCUAACCUGGAAUUAACACUGGUUGCCCUUUCAAAGAAGCCAAUUAAUCAUUCCCAUAGACUUUUGGAUUAUUGCAAAAA